AUGGGUUUAGGGAGCGGUGCUAUGCCUUCUAAAAAGCCAAUUCGGUUUGAGGAUUUGGGGCUUUCAACACCAUUGCCUCGAGUGUUGUCAACAACUCGAGAGCAAAAAAAGAAGGAAAAACAUGAAAUUAAAAAGGAAAAGAAUGCACGGCUAAAAGUGGCAGAGGAACAACUUUCUCUGGUAAAGGCUACCGUAGAAAAACACAAGGCUUUUGUGAAAAAGGAAAUUGCGCUUCAAAAGGAAAAAAAAGCAGAAAGAAGAAAGGCAAUAUUUGCUUUACAAGAAUGCAUCCGACAGAAAAGAGAGGCAGAGGAGGCGAUUCAGAAACAGAACUCUUUUAUUGCACACGAGAAUUAUGUUUCCAACUUGAAAAUAGGUCGCGCAGUGGAUGAAAAAAUACAAGAAGAAGUUCAAGAAGCUAUCGAUCGAGAAACAAAAGAGCUUGCAAAAUAUGCUCCGAAAAAUGUGCAUAUUUUAGUCUGUCGCAACCCUGAGAUCGAAAAGACUAGGAAAGACCUUCCCGUUUUACGGGAAGAACAGGCAAUUGUUGAGGCAAUCAAUAAUUGUUCUCGCACCUGUGUUCUUAUAUGUGGUGAGACAGGAAGCGGGAAAACGACACAAAUUCCCCAGUUUUUGUGGGAAUGUGGAUAUGGUGAUCCAAAGGGUUCAGUUUUUGGAAGGGAAGGAGCGAUACUGAUUACGGAACCCAGGCGCGUGGCAGCAGUUUCAAUGGCAAAACGUGUAGCCGAAGAAUUAAAUACUUCAUUUGGAGGAAUGGUAUGUUACCAUGUGCGAUAUGAUAAUAAUCUUUCAGACAAUUUUAAAGUGAAGUUUGCUACCGAAGGUAUUGUUUUGAAGGAGAUUCAAUCGGAUUUCCUAUUAAAAAAAUACAGUGUUGUUGUGGUUGAUGAGGCGCAUGAAAGGAGUCUCGCAGGGGAUAUUUUGAUUGGUCUUUUGUCGCGGAUUUUGCCAUUAAGAAAUGAUCUUCACUUGGAGGAACUGAGAAAACAUAAUGGUAUUGUGUCAAAAACGAAUAUAAAGCCUCUAAAAUUAGUUAUCAUGUCUGCCACAAUGAGGGUUGAAGAUUUUAGAGAGAAUAAUCGUCUCUUUUCUAUUCCACCACCGUUAUUAAAUGUGGAUGCUCGUCGUUUUCCGGUAACGAAUCAUUUUGCGAAGCGGACUGAGUUAAGGAAUUACACCGAUGAAGCAUUUCGAAAAAUUUGUCAGAUACAUAAGAAGUUGCCGCCUGGAGGAAUUCUUGUUUUCCUUUGUACUCAACAGGAAAUUGAAUCUUUAUGCAAACGUCUACGUGAACACUACGCCAAAACAAGAAUUGAAUACUAUGAACAAAGUUAUUCAAAGCAUAGUUUGGUUGUUCAAAGGCGAAAUGAUAAUGAUGAGAGAGAUUUUGAUUCUGAGAAGGAUAAAUCUGCGUCUUUUGAUGAAAAGGACGAAUUUGGUCUUGCUGUUGAAGACUAUGCAUUGGAAGAAACAGUUGAGAAGAAGGAUUUAAACCUUUCAAGAAAACGGUGUAGGGACACAGCGGAUGAAGAUGAAGCAAGCUUUGAGGAAGAUGAAAUUAAUGGAGAAUUAAACUCACUACAUAUUCUUCCACUUUAUGCACUUCUGAAUUUUUCAAAGCAACAAGAAGUUUUUCGAGAGCCUCCGAGAGGAAAACGUCUUUGCGUUAUUGCGACAAAUGUAGCCGAGACAUCUAUUACCAUUCCAAAUAUUCGUUAUGUGGUGGAUACAGGCCGUGUGAAAACUAAAACAAUAGAUGAAUCGACUGGGGCAAGCUGCUUUCGUAUUGGGUGGACAAGUCAGGCAUCUGCGGAACAACGUGCUGGACGUGCUGGACGUGUGGGACCUGGACAUUGUUACCGUUUGUAUAGUACGGCCGCAUAUUCCAACUUAAUGCCAAAACAUGGCUUACCCGAAAUUCUCAGAACAUCAUUAGAAUCCGUGGUACUGUUGAUGAAAUACUUAGGUAUUGAUAACGUUGGAUCAUUUCCAUUUCCCUCUCCUCCAAAUGAAGACGAAUUGAAACGGGCUUUAACGCAUUUGACGCUUAUUGGCGCUUUGGACUCUCAAAUUGAACGCCGUAUCACCACUUUGGGUAAACGACUGAUAGCCUAUCCAAUUCCCCCUCGUUUUUCACGGAUAAUUCUGGAGGCCUUGGAUCGCAAACUUCCUGAUUGUAUUCUUAAUAUGGUAGUUGCUAUAGCAGCUGUUUACUCAACUACUACCAAUGUAUUUACUAGUGAUGGAAAUGGUUUAAAAUGGAAGGCAAGGGAUUUAAAAAAACCCGAUGAUGAACGUCGGCCCUUCAUUUCUUCUUUGCUAAAUCCUGGGAGUGACUUGAUUACUUCUUUAAAUGCCUUUGGAGUAUAUUUAAACGAUUCUUCUUCAGGGAAUUGUUAUCGGUACUGUCUGGUGCAAAAAAGUCUUUCCGAGGCUCGGCAGCUGAAACAGCAGCUACAUGUAUUAGUGAGACAGGAUGCGGUUGUAGAACAAGUCGGUGAUACAAUUGAUGCUAACGAUGUCGGAGCAAUGGACUCUGGACCCCACAUCACCAAUAUUUUUUUGCCUACACUCUCAAAGGAGCAGGAAUUACUCUUAAGAAAAUUAUUUAUUUAUGGCCUUAAGGAUCAAGUUGCCCGACGGGCCACUAUUCAAGAGUGUCGAGACCAUGGAGUAGAGUACAAGGAUAAGAAGGCAACGAAAGCGCCUUACAUCCUCUUGGGUCGCUCAAUGAUAUCCUAUAUUCAUCCAUCAAGUUCCAUAGCGCGAACAUUUCCUCCUCCUGAGUACGUCACGUUUGCCUUUUUACAAAGAUCCGUGCGCUCCGAAACGAAGGAUCCCGUAACGAUGAUGUUGGGAUUAACCAUUGUAACUAAAGAGUGGUUAUCUGAGUGUGGUGUAAUUCUCGAGUAA